AUGUCCCCCAAAUCCCAACCCCAAGAGGAUGAUUAUUUCAACCUAGGCACCUACACCCGCCCGAUAAGCACCAAAAAUCCGCAAGCCCAAACCUGGUUCACGCGCGGCCUGAUCUGGACAUACGCAUUCAACCACGAAGAAGCAGCAUCCUGCUUCCAGAAAGCCGCAGACCAUGACCCGUCCUGCGCAAUGGCAUACUGGGGUCUGGCAUACACUCUAGGCCCAAACUACAACAAGCCGUGGCAGUUCUUCGAUGAAGGCGAGCUACAGGCUACCGUGAAACGCACGCACCAGGCUGCGAGCGACGCCAGACACCACGCCGCAGAAAAUGCCGAAUCUGAAUCUGAAUCUGUCGAAGCAGCUCUCAUUGGCGCCGUCCAGUCCCGAUACCCAGACGAAAAACCGGCUUCAGAUUGCAGCACCUGGAACCAGGCAUACGCAGAAGCAAUGGGCCCAGUCUACGCCCGAUUCCCAGACGACCUCGACGUCGCAGUCCUAUACGCAGAUUCGCUCAUGAACCUCACGCCCUGGGAACUCUGGGAUCUACGAACGGGCCAGCCGGCGCCAGGUGCCCGCACACUCGAAAUCAAAGACGUGCUUGACAAUGCCUUGAAACUCCCCGGUGGUUUGAAGCAUCCAGGUCUCCUGCACUUGUAUAUCCAUCUCAUGGAGAUGUCAGGCGCGCCGGAGAAGGCGCUUACAGUUGCAGACCAUCUACGAGGUCUUGUUCCCGACGCGGGACAUCUCAACCACAUGCCCACGCAUCUGGACAUUCUAUGCGGGGAGUACAGAGCGGCGAUAGCAUCGAACAGCGAGGCGAUUGAGUCGGAUAAGCGGUUUGUGGAGAGAGCCGGGCCCGUGAAUUUCUACACGCUGUACCGCGCGCAUAACUACCAUUUCCGGAUCUACGCGGCGAUGUUUGCGGGACGGGCUGGGGUUGCGUUGGAUACGGCGAGGGAACUGGAGGGCCAGAUUCCGGAGCAGCUGUUGAGGGUGCAGUCGCCGCCGAUGGCGGAUUGGCUAGAGGGGUUUCUGGCCAUGAGGGUUCAUGUGUUGAUUCGGUUUGGGAGGUGGGAGGGGUUGCUGGGGUUGGAGGUUCCUGGGGACCAGGCGUUGUAUUGUGUUUCUACGGCCAUGGUGCAUUACGGGCGGGGGGUAGCGUUUGCGGCGCUGGGGAGGGUGGAUGAGGCGAGUGACGAGAGGGAGAUGUUCAGGGAGAGUGUGAAGAGGGUGCCGCGGAGUAGGAUGCUGUUUAACAAUACCUGUGUGGAUAUCCUGGGGAUUGCGGGGGCGAUGUUGGAUGGGGAACUGGAGUAUCGGCGGGGCAAUAUUGAAGACGCCUUUGGGCAUCUGAGACGGUCGAUUGAACUGGACGACGGGCUUCCGUAUGAUGAGCCGUGGGGGUGGAUGCAGCCGACCCGGCAUGCGUAUGGAGCGCUGUUGCUGGAACAGGGCAGAGUCGACGAAGCAGCGGCCGUAUACAGCGCCGAUCUGGGGAUGGACGACACGCUGCCGAGGGCGCUGCAGCAUCCGAACAACGUCUGGUCGCUGCACGGGUACCACGAGUGCCUGGUGAAGCUGGGACGGAGCGCCGAGGCGAGGAUCGUGAAGCAGCAGCUGAAGUUUGUGGCCGCGACGGCGGACAUACGCAUCGAGUCGUCGUGUUACUGUCGGACUCAGUACAGUUAA